GGGCGGGCUUUCUCUGAGCCACUGCCUAUCUUAAUCCCUUACUAGUCAGUGAAGCCCCACAACAAUCCUAUGGAGUCUGUAACCUCCAUUUUGCAGAAGAGAAUCGAGGCUCAGGUGAAGUCACUUGCAGGUUUUACCCACAAGGUGUCACAUUGUGCUGCAGUUGGCUUUGUUGGCCCUGUAGUGGUGGGGUAGCAUUCCUGUUCCUGGCUGUGUAGUACUCCCAAGUUGAUGGUCAUUUACUCAGCCAGUUACCGGUGGAAAUGACUCCUUGCGUGGUUUCUUACUCUGCAGUGGGCACCCCUCCAGGAGGCGCCAAUGACAACUGCAGAAGUGGGGGAUGUUGGGGGUCUCCAUUGUGCAGCUCUUACACUUCUCCAGGGUGGGGUUUGUUCCCCUCUUUCAAAAGAGGAAACAGGCCCUGGAGAGGGGCUUGCAGAGGGCCCAGCCCUCAGCUGGCUGGCGCCGCAGGCCUGAGAGGCCGGGGAGAGGCACGGAGGCCAGUCUAGGCAGGGGGCGGGGCCUCGGGGCGGGGCGCCCUGGGCGUCAGCGCCGGCGCCAAUGGGCGGGCGGCCCCCCGCCCAGUUCCCUCAAGUCCCUAGCGGCGGCGUCCAGAGCCGCGAGCCUCAACCCAUCUGGAGCCGAGCGGGUGGCGGCACCAUGGCGUGUGCAGGGCUGCUCACCGUGUGCCUGAUCCGGCCGCCUGUGCAUCUUUCCCCAGCGCCGGCCCCUGGGCCCGCCGGACACGCGCUCUUCCAGGAUGUUUUCCGCAGAGCAGACAAGAAUGAUGAUGGUAAACUCUCAUUUGAGGAGUUCCAGAAUUACUUUGCCGAUGGGGUUCUUAGCCCCAGGGAGCUGUGGGAGCUGUUCAGCAGCAUUGAUGGGCAUUCUACCGACAAUUUGGAAACGGAGAAACUGUGUGACUAUUUCUCAGAACACCUGGGUGUCUACCGGCCUGUGCUGGCAGCGUUGGAGUCACUGAACUGUGCAGUGCUCACUGCCAUGGACACCACUAAGCUGGAGUAUGAGCGGGCCUCCAAGGUGGACCAGUUUGUGACACGCUUCCUACUGCGGGAGACAGUUAGCCAGCUACAAGCCCUGCAGAGCUCACUGGAGGGGGCGUCAGACACACUGGAGACCCAGGCCCGUGGCUCCUGGUCAGAUGAAGAGACCGUGGAGGUACAAAGCAAGCCCCGUAGCAGCCGGCGGGCAGGGCGCAGGGCCUCGCGGAGCAUCAUUCGUUCACCCACCUGGUCUCUUGGCUCCUCUGACACAGGGCAGAGCUCAGAGGCUGAGAUGCAGUGGCGGCUCCAGGUCAACCGUCUCCAGGAGCUCAUUGACCAGCUCGAAUGCAAGGCCCCUCGGCUGGAACCCCUACACGAAGAGGAGCUUACCAAGGGGCCUGACUCGCACAUCCUUCUGGCCCAGAGGCAGGUGCAGGUGGAAGAGGAAGCCCUGCAGGACUUCCACCGUGCUCUGUGCUGCUACAUGGACUUCACCGGGGCCCAGAGCCACUGCCUGCAUGUGUCUGCCCAGAAGAUGCUGGACAAUUCCUCCUUCACCCUGUACGAGUUCUGGCAGGAUGAAACCUCCUGGCGAAGGCACCAGCAAUCCACCUGCAGUAAGGCCUUUCAGCGCAUCCUCACUGACCACCUGCGGGCUCCAGACACUCUCUCCACUGUGUUCUUCCCAGCCUCCUGGUGGAUUAUGAAUAAUAACUGAGCUUGACCUGCAUUAGCCAAGGACCCUGGGGCCCUGCCUGCCUCCUGGAGCUUCUGGACUAGUCAAUUCAGCACCAAGACCAAGGACUGCUGCUCCUGGACCUGGUGCCCGGCUGUCAGAGGCCUCCCAGACCAGCUGGUGGAGAGUCACUCAGCCCAGGGAUCAGGGACGGGGCUGCUUGCUUUCUGUUUCCUUAGUUAUCAGUGUAUUUUAUUGUUUGUAGCUUUGGUUUCUGAGGCACUCUGGCCUCUGCCUGGCUCUGGAGGUCUGGAUUCUGGUCCUCUCUGCCCCUGCCUUGCUGUGUGACCCAGGGCAGAUCCCUUCCAUCUCCUGGUGGGCCGUGGGCUGUCUGGCGCCUAGUGGGUGCCUGCUUUCUUCCUGCUAUCUUGGGACCAGGCUUCUGCUCUUCCUUAACCAGCAGCAGAACCAGCGCUGAUGCUCAGGGAUCCCCAACCCCACCCCUAACCUUGACCCCUGAGUCUGGGCUGGAUCCAUCUGCAGUGUGGGGCAAAGACUUGGGUGUCCCUGUCACCCUCCUGGGCUGGCAGGCUAUGGACUCUUGGUCUCUUUCUGUACCUGCAGCUGUGCUAGAGACAUCUGGAAGAUCCUGGGUUGGUUUGCAUGUCAUUUGCAUAUCAUUUGCACGGUCAUGCCCACCCAUACUCAGGACACUAUGGGAAGCCCCAAGGUGACCUUGCCAAGUAGCAAUAAUUUGGGUCUAGAGUCACCUGCUGUCCCAGAUACCUCUGAACCCCAGCCCAGGACCCCAGCACAAAGACAAUAAAGGUAGUGGUCACCUCUGGUGUCAUGUUCUGUCUCUCA